AUGUGGGACCUGGAGGACAUGGACGGCAUCAUGCGCUGCAUCAUGUGGCCCGAGCAGUUCGCCCAGUUCGGGCACUUGGUGACGGGCGACGCGAUCGUCGGCAUCCGCGGCGCCGUCGACCGCCGCCCCGGCGCUGAGGAGGUGAACCUGAUCGUCAACGAGCUGAUGCCGAUCGAAGAACUCUCGGAGCGUUACACCAGCGGCGUGGUGAUCAGCCUCCGCGAAGCGGACGGAGUCGAACGCCUCGAAUCGCUACGAGAAAUCCUCCGCGGCUAUCCCGGCGCCAAGUCGCUCAAGCUCGCCCUAGCGCUCGAAGACGGCCCCGGCGCCUUCCGCCUCACUGGCGGCGCGCCGCCGCCGAAGGCGCCUACGCCGAAGAAAUGGGGCAAGCGCGAACCCGCGCGAGCCUAG